AUGAAGUUAUUUGUGCUGUUGAGCUGCGGACUGGCUGCUGCGUCGGCUCUCCAGAAGCCUCCGAUCAAGCAAUUUGAGCUCGAUCUCACAUGGAGCAAGCGCGCAGUGGAUGGAGUUGAGCGGGAGCAAAUUCUAGUCAAUGGGCAAUUCCCUGGCCCUGCGCUCAUUCUUGACGAAGGGGACGAUGUUGAGGUGACCGUCAACAACUUCUUAUCCUUCAAUACUACUGUGCAUUAUCAUGGCAUUGUACAACAAGGGACACCCUGGUCUGAUGGUGUGCCUGGAGUCUCGCAAAGGCUAAUCGCCCCUGGCAAGCAAUUUGUCCACAAAUUUACCGCAAUGCAAUAUGGAACAUACUGGUAUCACUCACACUCCAGAGGCCAGAACAUGGAUGGUCUCUACGGUCCAAUCUACAUUAGACCCCGAAACAUCGACGCCAGCCUCGUAAAUGCAAUUUCAAACGACAGUGCAGCCCGCAACCAGAUAAAAAAGGCGAUCCAGGAUCCAAAAUUGCUCAUGUUAUCCGAUUGGUUCCACAACACCUCCGAGGAGCUACGAGAAAUCGCCUUAUCUGCGAACCUUGAUACAAUAUGCGCGGAUUCAAUCUUGAUCAAUGGCAAAGGUAGAGUGCGCUGUGUCGAUCCAGAAUAUCUGACCAGCUUGAUACCUCCUCAAAUCUCGCCUCUACUUCAGGGCAAGAAUUUAACGGACAAGGGAUGUCUCUCAGCCCACAAUACUUAUGCUCAAACGGCCACUCCUCAACACUACAAUGAAAUCCCACCUGCUCUUUUUGACGAAUGCAAAGCCACAAACUCACCAGAUGAAGAGAUCAAAGUCAAUCCUCAAGAUGGCUGGGUCAGUCUCAAUUUAAUUGGAGCCGUGUCCAUCACAUCACUAUCAUUUUCGAUCAACAACCAUCCCCUUUGGGUAUAUGAAGUUGAUGGUCAACACAUUGUCCCCAUCAAAGUCAAUGUACUGACGCUAGAAAGUGGUACACGUUACUCUGUAUUGGUCCAGCUGAACAACCAACCAGGAGAUUACAGAAUCACAGCGGCAAGCGCAGGUUUUAACCAAAAGAUUGCAGGCUACGGCACUCUUUCCUACGUCAAUGGAGACCCCUCUGUCGUGGGAACCUCAUCGUUGAACUACGGCGGAGUGCCAAGCACAGAUGCCGUUGUACUAGAUGGAUUGACCAUCGAACCACUGAUUCCAGAUCAGCCCACCCAAGAACCAGAAUCAACCUACCUUCUUACGAUCGGUCGUUUUGAAAAGGCCUGGAAAUGGUCCCUGAAUGGAGAUAAUGCGUACGAUUUGUCUCUUGAGAAGGAUAGACCUUUACUGUGGGAUCCGCAAUCACAGGAAGACAGCAAUCUCGUGAUAGCCACGAAGAACGGAACUUGGGUGGACAUUAUCUUUGAGGCGGCUGGAAAUGAGACGACGCUUCAGCCGGGACAUCCCAUUCACAAGCACUCGAACAUGCUCUAUGUCAUCGGCUCUGGCCUUGGUAAAUUCAAUUGGACCACCGUUGCAGAAGCAAAAGAAGAGAUUCCAGAAAGCUUCAAUCUGGUAAACCCUCCUAUGAGAGAUACUUUUACAACACUUCCAGCUUUCCAAGGACCUAGCUGGAUGGCAAUUCGCUACCAUGUUGUGAAUCCCGGGGUGAGACACGCCCUUCAAGUGAACCUAUUUGAUUCCUACUAA